CUUUGAGUGUGACUCAGGCUGUUGAACUAACCGGCGCCGAAAAGGCUUAUCAAUCAGGCAUCCACCACUUCGGGCCUUGGCAUUUAUGCCGAAAGAGAAAGUCCAACCUUCACCCUCUUCAACACAAUUCUAGACAAUUUCUGUCUUCAAAUGCUGUCGUUGAGUCGUUGAUAUUCUUCAAAUUUGCAUCGCUACGCAAGACCGACCGCGAGACUCCCAAAAAGGACAUUACUGCGAGAUUGCGUCAGCAAGGCUGUACGCGAUUCGAGAAGCAACGUAUACGCACACAUCUACGAAAGAUAUGCAUCUUCGCUUCUCAUGAGACGAGGCUCUCUUUUCAAACACGAAAAUUACCACAAUGGACGAUUAUCAAGAUUCCAUGCCUCAAGAUGAGGCCACCGACUCGGGCAGGGUCAUUCAGAGGCGGCGUCGACCCCCACUAUCCUGUACCGAAUGUCGACGACGCAAGCUAAAGUGCGAUCGAUCCCUUCCAUGCGGACAAUGUAUCCGAUCAAAGACGGCAGACUCCUGCGUCUUUGUUGGUCCUCAGCCGGGAGAGGCAUCGGGCAUUUCACAACGCACGUCGCCCCCCAUUUCCCGCAUGCGACUACCCAGCGGUUCGGACGAGCAAUCAGGGAGCACGGGUGGCAUGUUUGUUUUUGACUCAAAAAUGGGUCCCAAGGCUACUUCAAAUCGUGUCUCUAAGCGAGGACGUCAAGAUGAGCUUCAUGAGCUUCGCCAGCGAUUGCGCACGUUGGAGCAUGCAUUGGCAAACCCUGGCGCUACCCUUCAAACCCCCGAGACGUCCAUUUACGAUAGCUUCUCCGAGGUUACUACUUCUCAGAAUAGCGUCGAGAGCGCUGGAGUUGAUGAUCGUGUAAGGUUCUUGCCCGACUGCAGCUUCCGAGGCAAAAAGGGCAAGACGAGAUACUUCGGUCGCAGCCACUACAGCACAACCAUAUCAUUUUUUCAAGAUAUUGGCACAUUCAUGCGACGCCGACACAAGAAUGCCAAGGACAAAGAGUAUAGCGACAUGAAGAAGUUCAAGUGUGAGAUGUGGUCACGUCAAAGUCAUGAUCACCAAAGAGCUUUUCGAGAGCAGGCUUUCAAGCUCGAUGAGAUGGUGCCAUCGCGAAUCGUUGCCGACCGGCUGCUUCAACUGUAUCUGGACACAUUUGAGACCACUUAUCGAAUUCUGCAUAUCCCGACUUUCCUGAAACAAUAUUCCGACCACUGGGCUAAUCCCCAAAACCCAGACAUGGCCUUUGUUGCACAGCUACUGGCAGUCAUGGCGGCGGGAAGCCGUUUCUACUCGCAAUCCUCGGAACGCGAUGAGCGGGACACUUAUCAGAAGCCGGCAAUGAAGUGGAUCAUGGCUGUCCAGUCCUACAUUUCUUGCACCUUUGUCAGUCCUGAUAUCAAUCUCAAGAUGAUCCAAACACAGGCCCUUCUCCUUGUUGCUCGGCUUGCGGUUGCUAGUGAUGGUGACGUUGCCUGGGCUUCAUCAGGCUCUCUUAUUCGUUCCGCGAUGACCAUGGGACUGCACCGUGACCCAACCCGCUUCCGUAAGGCGACUACGCCAUUCUGGUCAGAGCUUCGACGUCGGCUGUGGACAACGAUUGUGGAGAUCGAUCUGAAGAUUUCUCUCGAUCGUGGCGUUCCCCCAUCAAUAGAUUUGGAUGAGUGCGAUUGCGACGCUCCAUCCAACUGGGAUGACUCCGAACUCUACGAGUCCAUGGAGAAUAAUCCAGCCCCCUUGGGUACCGCAAGAUACACGCGCAACUUCUACCAGUGCCUGCUUUCGAAGACAUUGGAACUUCGAUACCGGGUUGCGAAGAAGAUCAAUACCUUACGGUUCACUUUAUCCUACGACGAGACUCUCCGGAUGAGCGAGGAUCUAUGUCGGUCAAUCAAAACAGCGUCCGAUCUAUUCGAAGACAAUUUAUCUGGAAUCAAUCCUUCCGAUGCUGCCCGCCACCGAUUCGCCCAGUCUCUACACCUGUUCAUAAUGCGCAAGUUCCUCCUUGCUCUCCACCGACCUUUUUGUUUGAGCGUUGUGCGACUACCGAAAUGCUCUUACUCUCGAAAGGUUUGCCUUGAGAAAUCGCUAGAGAUCUUAUCACAAAUGGAGCUUCCUACCCCUUCUGACCCAAUUCUUUACCCCCACAUCACACAACUAGGAGGUGGUAUGUUGUGCGACGAAACCUUCCACGCGGCUAUCACGGUUUGUGUGGAGCUAUCUCUCCAAGCUCAAGAAAUGAGUCAAACAUCCGGCGCAGCAAUGGAAGGAAUGAACACGAGCGUGCUACUCAGCAUGGUUCAAUCACAGCAAAAUGUGAUGCUACAAGCAGUCGAGCGCAGCCUGGACGACUUUGGACGAAGGGUCGGGUGUGGCACUGGAACAGGUACCAAGCCAUACUUCUUCUUGAGUCUGAUUCUGGCAUCCGUCAAGUCUCGCAUUAAGGGAGAAGAUCCCUCCUGUAUGAUCGAUGCAGCAUCAAAACGAGCUGUUCGGGUUGGCCGAGGCAUCGUGAGCGGCCUCUCAUAUGAUGAGGCGCUGGCGAGUGCGGACCGACCGCCUCCACAGCCUGCUAUCUCUCUGGAUGGUCCAAUCGAGACUACUCCUCUCUCUGUAUCUUCUAUUGAUUUUGAUUUGCCUUCUUUAAUGUCUGCGGACUUUGGCGAUUUUGCACCGCUUGACUUGGGGGGCUGGUUUGACGGUUUGGAUAAUGGCGGCGCGGAGCUCUGGGACAACAACCUUUUUACGGACUUGCCACAAAUUUAAUGAGGAUAUGCUACCGGGUUUUGAGGAAGUGCGGGGAUGGAGGAAGAAGCAUCUGUAUUAUAACAUGCAAUAUGACAGAAUUCCACUAUAUGGAGACUGGCCUGUAAACAGCCACCGUUUGAUUUAGCCACCUAUAUACAUAUCAGUGGUUGUGAAUGUUUGAAAAGCAUGUUCAUCAAAUUAUCGAUAUAGAGUGGAGCCUGGG